AUGACGGACCGGAGGGCCAUGCGGGCCGGGCAGGGGAGAAAACGGGCUCUAGGAACUGCAAUUCCCAGCAGUGCCGGGCCUGGGGCGUGGCGAGCUAGGAGGGACCGUGAAGAUCAUUCUCGUCCAGCCCCUCGCUUUCCCCAGACGGAAGCCUGGGUUCUGAAGUGUCGGUGUCCCACUUGGGCCUCAGGCGUCGACGAGUCGGGGAGUCCACGGGCGCGAUUUCCUGGCCUGAACGAGGGGUCGCCCGAAGUGCGAGAUGCAAGUGGGGAAGGGGACAUUCCUCAGGAGGCCAAGGGUCACCACAGCACCAUGUCUGAGUCUGGCAAGCCCAUCCUCUAUUCCUAUUUCCGAAGCUCGUGCUCCUGGAGAGUUCGGAUCGCUCUGGCCUUGAAGAGCAUCGACUAUGAAACAGUGCCCAUCAACCUCAUAAAGGAUGGGGGCCAGCAGUUCUCCAAAGAAUUCCAGGCACUUAACCCCAUGAAGCAGGUGCCGGCCCUGAAGAUCGAUGGCAUCACCAUUGGCCAGUCGCUGGCCAUCAUCGAGUACCUGGAGGAGACUCGGCCCACUCCGCGGCUCCUGCCUCAGGACCCAAAGAAGAGGGUCCUUGUGCGCAUGAUCUCCGACCUCAUCGCUGGCGGCAUCCAGCCCCUGCAGAACCUGUCUAUCCUGAAGCAAGUAGGACAGGAGAACCAGCUGGCCUGGGCCCAGAAGGCCAUCAAUUCUGGCUUUAGCGCCUUGGAGCAGAUCCUACAGAGCACAGCGGGGAAAUACUGCGUGGGAGAUGAGGUGUCCAUGGCAGACCUCUGCUUAGUGCCUCAGGUGGCAAAUGCUGAAAGGUACAAGGUGGAUCUCACUCCCUACCCUACCAUCAGCCGUAUCAACAAGGCGCUGCUGGCCUUGGAGGCCUUCCAAGUGUCUCACCCCUGCCGGCAGCCAGACACGCCCCCGGAGCUGAGGGCCUAGCUCUCAAACCACACCCACUGGUGCAGGAGCAGAAGCUGGGUGGGCUGAACAGGCCUGGAAAUGAGCAAGCCCUAACUGGAGAAGCAGAAGACUUGCCCUCCUAUCCCUUGAACUUGAACUGUGGCUGUGGAUCUGCCUUAAUUCAACCUUGUUCUGCCUUCAUCCCCUCAUCUGUCCAAUGCAGUCAGAAUGGGAUGGGAGGAUGCUGGGAGGGAGGGAGGAAGAAACAUUGCCUACUCCCUAAGUCAUGGUACAGUCAUUAAGGUGAAGUGAGAGUGUAGACCAAACUGCCUGGCAUGUUUACCUGAGAGCCAUAGGGAGUCUGUGUGGUGCCUCCCAAGUCUUCUACUGUUGCUAACUCCAAAGAAUGCCCCCCCUCCCCCCCACAAUUUGAUCAUUAAACUGAAGCACAGGCCUGGUUGUUCAA